UGGAACUCUCCCUCAUUCAAAGCCUGACCAACCCCAACUUCACCAGUCCCGUCCACCUCUUCAUCCUCCUCCACCUUUUUAAAACCCUCUUCUACGCCAUUCACCCUCCGCCACGAUUCCUCUAUUUCAUUCGAUAUAUCGUAUUGCUCGGAAUAGCAAUUCUGCCAAGCAAACGCUUCCAUCAUAUUCACAGUGCUUAACGCUGACUCCCGACACAUUUGUAUUCACGCAACCGGCGAUAGAAUUUGGAACUUCGUUUCUUGACGUCCAGCACUACGAGACCACCGCUGGUGUCUUAACGGCCAACACACAAACCAUCUUUGUCGGCAAACACAUUCGUCACCGACUCUGGCUUAUCCAACUUGCACUGUCUCUGAGUGAUUUAUUCAUUCAUUGAUUGUUGAACAAGGAUCGUCCCCGAGUCCCAUCGGAUACUUUUGGAACUUGCGACAACAUGAACGUUCUGCUCUCGCCUCAGCCCCCUGUCUUCCCUCAUCAACACGAAAACCCUCGUCUCUCCCCACAGCGAUCCCUGCCCCCCUUUCACAGUAUGACCUCUCGAAAGCGAAAAGCUGACGAGGAUGGUGAUGAAACCAUGUCACCCAGGAGUUCCCCUACUAUCUCUACUCGGCCUCUAGCUCGACCAUCGAAAAAAGUUCGAUCCAACGAAGUCAUCGGUCGACCUCUUGCACUUCCGCGACUUCUCGAGACUCUCGAUACGUCUCAGCUCAGAACCGUUCUUGAGCGCAUAUGCGAAACUCAUCCCGAUAUUGGUCAUGAGGUUGUCUCACAAGCUCCUCGACCUUCAGUUACGUCUGCCUUGCAAGUUUUGCAAGGCUACGAGGCGAAGUUGAAGGAUGCUAUUCCAUACGGCGAGACCAGCCCGGAAUACACCUACUAUCGGAUCAAAGAGCCACUGGUUGCUUUGAUUGACGCACUAUCAGACUUCACCCCUCAAUUUCUCCCACCAAAUGAAACCCAGCCUACCAAAUCACUUGAGUUCUUGGACGAGGCCACAAACAUUAUUCAUAGACUUCCCAAUUGGGAGCCGCAGACAUACCGACACCAUAAAGAAACUGCAUAUGAAGAAAUAUCGAAGGCAUGGGCACUUGUUAUCAACGAGGCUGGCAAGAGGGCCGGAGGUCUCAACCUACAUACUGGAGGAUGGGAUCAAAUUUUGUCUCGACACAAUGAACAAUCCGGUGAUCGCCUUGCCUCAGCAAUCAACACUAUGUCCACCAGCGUUGGAUGGAUAGGCGCCAACGCAAACCCAGGAGCUGGAGGGCCUUCUGACCCUAAUUCUAUUCUCAACCAGCUCAUGUCUGGUACCUAUGGAGCUCCCGUUAGAGUCGGGCCCUGGUAGGGAUAGUUGUGACCUGGAGCUCUCCAAGAUAAUGAUUGCAUAUCGCGGCGCACCGGACCAGUCAUCUUCGCACAUAUUACGACCAAAUCAUCACGACGACUUUCAUUUGGCAGCAUUGGCGGCAUAGACUUGAGGCACCCAUUUCUUUGUUUCACGGCAGGGUGGUUGGCGUUUUGCGUGUGUUUUUUUAUAUCCCUUUCCUUCACUUAUGAACCAGUAGGGAUAAUUGUUAUACGGAUUGGUUGAUUUCCCAAGCAACCCCAACAGCGCAGACAGACUGCGUGUGCCUGUAUGUAGAAAUUUGAUAUAUCUUGUUUGUUAUCUUGAUAGUCUUUGCAGAAGGCUCGCAGACAGUUCUCCACGAACCUCUGAAUUGUUCCUUGUGACGACCGACACUGUAUAUGUGUCGAUGAAACCUGGUAACAUACCUGGA